GGUUGUAAAAUUGCUAUUGAAAUGGAAAGAAUUUACUGUUAAAAACAGGGGAUGAUAGAGCAUCAAAAACUGCGAUCCUUGCUAGCCUGUUGGCAUUUGCAGGAGUGGCCAUCUUGGGUUCAAGCUUAUGCUGCUAUAAAUGCAGGAGGAAGACACCGCAAGAAGUGGAUACAUGGCUCCUGAGUAUGCAAUGGCAGGGUUGUUUUCAGUGAAGUCUGAUGUGUUUAGCUUCGGCGUCUUACUGCCAGAGAUUGUAAGUGGGAAAAAAAACAGCAAUCUACAUUUCCCCAAAGAUGCCCAGAGCCUUGUCACUUAUGCAUGGGCACUAUGGUGUGAAGGAAAGUGCUUGGAAUUGAUCAAUCCAUUGAUCGCAGAGGCAUGCCCCACUGAAGAUUUGCUGAGAUGCAUCCAUAUUGGGCUAUUGUGCGUUCAAGAAGAUGCAACAAAUCAGGAGCUCAGUUCACAUUCAUGGUGGGUUCCUUCUGAUGAAUGGCCCAUAUAUUCGCACAUGCCAUGUUGACACGUGCUGCAAAUCUCCUUAUGGAUCUUCUUGCAUGAAUCACCUUGGCAUUUCUCAAGCUUUUCAAGGCAUGUAGGGGUGGUUCCUGGGAAGUGCUUAGUUGUAAUGGUCGCAUGCUUGAGAAAUCAGCUCCAGUUGCUACCAUUACCACCUUCCAAAAAGUUAAGUGUAGCUCACAUCUCACUGGGUAUUUCACAAUGAACAAUUUCUGCUCCAAUAUCCAUCACUACCCGCUUCUUUAAUAAGCCUUUGGUUCAU